AUGUUGUGGCUGCUGUGGUUGAGGCUGUUGCGGUUGUGGCUACUGCAGCUGCUACAGAAGCUGCUGCUUCGAAACGUCAAUAAUAACUUUUACGAUCAAGCUUUAGAUGAGGUCGAAGAGAAGAAAAGAAAGUAUAAGAAGUAUCAGGAAGAGCUGAAGCUGCAGAUCGAGAUGAAUAAGCAGCAGAAGCAGCUGGAGAAGCAGAAGAGGUUGAAAGAAGAAGCUGACGAAAUGAACAACAUUCAACAACAACAACAACAACAUCAUCAACAACAACAACAUCAACAACAACAGCAUCAAUUUAUAAAUACCAACAACUUGCCAAUAGCAAACAUCAACAAUGUCAGCAGCCACAACAACAGUAGCAGCGACAGAAGCGACAACAACAGCAGCAGCAACAACAACAACAGCAACAACAACAACAACAACGUCGUUUUCAAUUCUCUUUUCCUGGCCCAGCAAGAGGCAGAAAAGUUGAAGAUGGAAGGAUGGCUGAAGAAGUUAAUACUAGGAGGUCAUGAUAUUGAAAAGUUUAAAGCCAAAUAUGAAGAAAAGUUUGGCCCAUUGAACGUAAAGACGUUGCUCACUGAUGCUGAAUUUAAAAAGUUUAAUAAUAACAAUAAAAAUGAUAAUAAUAAUAAUAAUAACAAUAGUCAUAGUAAUGAUGGUGUUAAAACUAAAGGAAAACCUCUACAAAGACAGCAACAACAAAAACAACAACAACAUCAGCAACAACAACAACAGCAACAACAACAGCAACGACAUACAUUAGUGAAGAAUAGAAGUAUGGAGUCUAAUGACGCUUCAACUCAAACUGAAAGAAAUAAAACCAGCAACAACAUCGUAAACAACAGCAAAAACACAUUACAUAAUAAUAAUAAUAAUGUUGCUCGAUUUUCGCAACAUCAACAACAACAACAACAUCAACAACAACAACAUCAACAACAACAUCAACAACAACAUCAACAACAACAUAAUAACAGUCAUUCUAUCCAAGCAUUUACAAACAACAGCAAAAUUAGACAUCAAAUAAUUGAGGAAAAUGUUGAUGAGGACGAAGAUGACGAUGGUCAUUACCACAACAACAACAACAACAAAAACAUCAACAAAAACAUCAACAACAACAACAACAUCAACAACAACGAUGAAGAUGAAGAUGAUGAGUAUGAGACAGAAAGCAUAAAUAUUCUUACUGAUUCUUUAAUGUUAGACAACAAUAGUGAUACAAACAACAACAACAAAAGUUACAACAACAACAACAACAUUGAUAGCAGUAACGAUUACGAUUACAGCAACAACAACGACGACGAUGACGACGAUUUUAAUGAUGACGUCAUAUUUGACAACAGCGUUGACAGCAAUCGACAACAAUUUUUUCACAACAACAACCACAACAACAACAACAUUUCAACAAUAGCAUCAACUAAUUUCAUUCCACACAUCGCGACAACGUCAACUUUAAAAUAUAGUCCUCUCGAGUCACCCACACGUAAAUCCUCCUCAAGAAGCGUUUUUAAUCACGGCAACAACAACAGCAGUGGUAGUAAUAGUAAUAGUAGUUACAAAGCUCUCGAGAACCUAUCAGAAUUGAGGCAGGCACUAAAGAAAAAGCAAAGAGAAUGGUCUCAGAUGUCUUGA